AUGAGAGGCCUCCGUGAAGUGGAAGAAUUGGAAGAUACCUUUAGUUGUUGUUGUCCCGGUUCCGUAGUGCCCACAAUCGUAGGGCAGACCAGCUUUCUGAAUACGCAGGUGCAGUCUGUCACUUUACUGGAACUGGCAAUCACCGAUCGUCUUCGCGAUCACUUUUAUGAAUUUUUAACAUGGAUCUGUUUGACGGACUGCCAGAUCCACUCAAACCGGAUAUACAAGAUACGAGCGGUAGAGCAGGCGCUGCCAAACGGAAGCACAGCGAGGAAGAUCCUGACGGAAGUGACGGAUCCAACAAACAACCAGCCUUGGACGGCGGACCUCAGGGGGAAGCAAGGCGUCGGCUUACCGCUGAAAGGCUUCCGUGUCGAACUUCAGGGUGAGCGCGAGGAUAUGGAGGACCAUUCCGUUGUCGUGGAUCAGUUCAGUGAUGAUCGACUGUGUCGCCGUUCCGAUAUAAAACGCCUGGCGUAUUAUGGUGUAUUCGACGGGCAUAAUGGAAGUCGGGCAUCGAAGUUUAUGGAGCAGGAGAUGAACGAACACAUUAUGGCCGCUUUUGCUCAAAGAGGUGGAUUAAAUGCAACCGAUCUCGAUGCAGCCAUAAUCGGAUCGGUAAUAAGUGCUUUCAAAUCAGCAGAUACAGCUUUGCUGUCCAAAGCUGCCAAACAGAAACCGCCGUGGAAAGACGGUACAACAGCUACGACAGCUUUGGUAGUGAACAAUAAAGUAUACGUGGCUAAUGUCGGCGACAGCAAGGCCGUGGUUUGUCGCUUCGACCGCGCACGAAAGGAGCACAAAGUGAUAACCUUGACCGUGGACCAUACUCCCUUGAUUUAUGAAGAGAGGCAGCGGAUCCAGCAGCAAGGUGGUUUUGUCCGAGAUGGACGUUUAAAUGGUGUCCUUGAAGUGUCCCGAUCCCUUGGAGAUCUGCCUUACAAGAAAAACACGGGACUGUCAUGUGUACCUUCCGUGCACAAGUAUCAGUUGACUGCGGAUGAUAAAUUUCUAAUUAUUGCUUGUGAUGGAUUAUGGAAAGCCCUAUCGCCGGCCGAUGCGAUGAAGGUCGUUUUAUGCUUGGUUUCGAAUGCCAAGAAGGAGGAACUGGAUGAAAAAUAUGCUAAUGCGUGCAUGGCAUUAGCGAAAGAUUCGUUGAAACGAUUGUCUGGUGACAAUGUGACCGUUCUUCUGAUCCGUGUUAGUGAUGCGCAAGCCGAUAGCAUUCUGGAUACUGCUGGUGUUUGACAAUAUGUGCUUGAAGGGAGGUAAAUUAAAGAAUUGCAUAGGUAUCUACAUUACGCACGAAGGUUGCUGCUUCUGUCGACGGUUUUUAUUUUUUAUCGUGUAUUUAUAACUGCCGUCAUGUUUGAAUGUUUUAAUUGAUUUUAAUAAACCACAUGUUCAUGUUCUUAUCCGCAUUUUCUGUGGCUAACGUGUGAAUUUUAUUAUAUGCCGGUUGAAAUAGCCAGAAGUUGUGUCUGUGAUCAAACCGUUUGAAUUUGGGUUAUUUAAUUUCCUGUAUUGUUUGCAAACUGCCCAGAAUUACAUGCAUUUAAAAGAUCGCUUCGGUAGCACGAAGCGUAAUUAAUCGCAUGCGCAAAGUAGUUUUGUUCAUGGACGCCGCUAAAGAGAUGGGACAUUGGUCCUUUGGCAUAUACUGGAACAUCUUCUCCCAUGUGCAUCUACACCAUGCAC